AUGGGAACGGUAAAGCGAGAUAUUCGGAUCGCCAACAAGGAGAAGCGAAAGAAGGUGUUCGCGGAAAUGAAGCACAAGCUCAAUAAGGAGCGACACGAGAUGCGAAGGGAACGAGCCAAGGAGGAGGCCAAGAACCCCGAGCUCAAAGAGAAACGUCUGGCUGAGAACGUGCCUGACACCAUCGAGGCCAAGCGAGUCUAUGAUGAGACCAUCGCUCAGGAGAUGGAGGGAGAGGAUGAGUUCAAAGAGUACUUUGAGGAGGGAAAGCCCCCCAAGGUACUGAUCACUACCUCUAAGCGAGCUCGAGGACAGGCCUACGACUUUGCAGACCUUUUGUACGACAUUAUCCCCGGCUCCGAGUUCAAAAAGCGAGUGGGAGACUUCACAAUGACGCAGAUUGCCAAGAUGUGCGCCGAGAGAGACUACACUGAUCUGGUGGUGAUCAACGAGGACAAAAAGAAGGUGAACGGCCUGACCUUUAUUCAUCUGCCCGAGGGCCCCACCAUGUACUUCUCCGUGUCAUCUUUGAAGAUGCCUAAGGAGAUCAAGGGCCACGGCCGAUCAACAACCCACAUUCCCGAGCUGAUUCUCAACAACUUUUCCACGCGACUGGGUAAGACUGUCGGACGGCUGUUCCAAUCCAUGUUUCCUCAGCAACCGGAGUUUGUGGGACGUCAGGUGGUGACUCUGCAUAACCAGCGAGACUGGAUCUUCUUCCGAAGACACAGAUACGUGUUCAAGAAUGAGGAGCGAGUGGGUCUGCAGGAAUUGGGUCCUCAGUUCACCCUGAGACUCAGACGUCUUCAGAGAGGCAUUCGAGGAGAGGUGGAAUGGGAGCAUCGAUCGGCCAUGGAUAAGGAUAAGAAGAAGUUCCAUUUGUAA